CCCCUCAGUCUUCCAGCUGAAACUCAGACAACAGGGCGCUCCUAGCGUCCUUUAUCUGCAUAUUUAUCCCAGCGCCUGACACUCAGUGGUCUUUGGGUAAGGUGGUUUAGGUGAGAUGGCUGCCUGUGCAGCGUGGAGGGACAGGCUCCUCGGUGGCCAGCACCUGGAUAGCCACAGCCGCAACCCUAGCUGCAGGGCUAAGCCACGGCCACCGGCCUAGCGGUUUGAGAGGCAGCCUGUACUGAGCAAGCUGCUCACUCAUACUCUUGCCUCCCAGCAGCCCCCCUGGCUCGCCUUCAUCAUUCUGGACAUCCAGGUUCCCGAGGCAAGAGCGCAGCACCAGUCGCCAGCGCUCCCGAGGCUCCCCUCUGAGCACCUGCGUGCCCUACAAGGUCCACCCGGCACUCGCCAUGGCAACCUUCGAGUGCCUGGCUACGAGCCAUGCCAGCUACGUGUGGGAGCAGCUGCGGCAGUUUUGGGCCGAUCACAUCUCGCGGCGCUUCUCGCCACGGCGGCCGCCACUGCGCCGCCUCUCCUCCCUGUCCACCUUCUACCUGCUGGAUUACAGCACGCGCCAGGCCGAGCUGGGCCUCGACUACGGCGCGCCGCGCAUGCGCCUCAGCAACAAGGCCUUCGAGUUCCGCGGCGGCCGCUGGACGACGCAGGGCCAGUUGGCGCCGACCGUCUCGGGCUGGAAGGCGCAGGUGCAGCGGACCACGAGCCAGGUGUUGCUGAACGAGAACAACUACCUGAAGCUGCAGCAGGAACUGCUCAUGGACAUGCUGACUGAGACCACAGCGCGCAUGCACCUGCUGGAGAAGCAGCUCAACUUCGAGGUGACUCCGGCGGCGCCGGCGCACGCCCAGCAGAGGAAGAUGCGCAGGCGCGCAGGCGCCAGCCGGGGCGUGCUCAUGAUCCAGCCGUGCGUUCCGGACUCGCAGUGACGUAAUAAAGCCCGCGCUGCGCACGCGCGCUUCGCGUCCCUGGACUAACCCGGUCCCGCGGGGGCUUGUGGCGCUAGCUGUUCCGUGGGCCGGGUCUGCGCGCGGGCGGGGGCGGUCUGCGCGGCCUCGGGGACUACCCGUCGGUGCUGGGUGUCGGCGGGGGAUGCCAGCCUAAGCAACGCGUCUCUGGAGAGUGCGAUGGGGCCGUGGAAGAGGGUGUGCGCGUGACUGCAGGAGCGCGGAGUGGAAGCCAGGCUUGCCUCGGGCAGGGCCCAGAUUGGGUGGAGUGGCAGACCUCUGAGGCAAAGAAAAAUGUUUGUCUACAGUGGGUGCAACGGGAGCACCGUGGAGCCUCUGCUGCCCCGCAGCCGAGCCUGUCUUGCUCACCUCAUGCAUGAGCCUCCCACACCCUGCUAGGAGGAAGGCAAGGGCUCACCCUGCCUCUCAGGCCCUCGGGCAAAGCCCUUGGUCCCCUUGUCCUCUUGCUGCGAUUCCUGGGCCGAGCACACAGAAACCAUGACUGGGCUGAGUGCUGGAGGCUGGGCCUCUACAUGAGCCCGGCAUCGUCUAUUCUGGGCCACAUUAGCUGAUGGUCAAUAUGACUCUACAUUAUGAUGAUUUGUAUAAUUAUUUCAUUAAUUACAGGGUAAAUAAUAAUAGAAAUAAAGUGCCCAAUGAAUGUGCUCGAAUCAUACUGAAAGCAUCCUUCCACUCCAGUCUGUUGAAAAAUUAUCUUCCAUGAAACUAAUCCUGCCUGUUGUCAGAAAGGCUGGGGACCACUGGGCUCCAUGUUUGACCCAUGGUCCACUGUCCACCGUCUGCAGGGAUAAGCCUCCUGAAUGUGAGUUGUUCGUUAGGAGGAACACAUACUGUGUGCUGCAUUUAA